CCUCUCCAAAAUCAUCGAGUUCAACUUCUGCAACUGCAACUGCCACAAUGUCAGCAUCAGUGACGGCAACUUAUAGUAAUCCAGUACCAGGAAACACAAAUAAGAUCAAUAACCCGCCAAUUAGUUCCACACCCAUAGUAUUUAAUGUUCAGUCAGCCUCGCCAAAUCCAACCACCCUAUUACCAACGAACAAUGGAGCCUCUCCAAAAUCAUCGAGUUCAACUUCUGCAACUGCAACUGCCACAAUGUCAGCACCAGUGACGGUAACUUAUAGUAAUUCGGCGCCAGGAAACACAAAUAAGAUCAAUAACCCGCCAAUUAGUUCCACACCCACAGUAUCUAAUGUUCAGUCAGCCUCGCCAAAUCCAACCACCCUAUUACCAACGAACAAUGGAGCCUCUCCUAACUCAUCGAGUAUAACAUCAUCAAUUUUCGCAACUUUUACAUAUGUUAAUUCUGCAAAUCACGGUGUAACAUCAAAUAGCAUUAACGUGAAUUCUCAACAAAACAAGAAUCUUAACGGAAAUGCAAUUUCAAGUUCAAAAACAACAAGUCAAGAAAAUUCUCCGAAAAUUACUUCACAAUAUAAAAAUACUGUUACAUUAAAUCCCACAGAUGUUAAUUCUCAACAAAGCAAGAGUAUUAACGGAAAUGCAAUUUCAAGUUCAAAAACAACAAGUCAAGAAAAUUCGCCAAAAAUUACUUCACAAUAUAAAAAUACUGUUACAUUAAAUCCUACCAAAUUUAGUAGUUCAAGCACUAUUCGAUCCCCGCCUAAAAUUAUUUAUGUCACCUGGGAAACUUUCUCGACUUCGUUUAUUAAACCCACGAGCAGCACAUCAAAAUCGACUGCACUACCGACAAUAACGAGUGCAGCGAGUUUAAAUGAUGGAAAUAGUUUAAAUGAUGGAAAUAAUUCUUCUUUUAUUUCGAUGUAUAUUAUACUUUUUUUCAGCUUAUUAUUGGAUUUAUAG